GGCUGGGUGAUUCGCAUUUCUCGCACACAACCCGAAACUCUCUCGUCUCUGUUUUCAUCCCUCCAACCAUUUUUCCCAUUAUCAAAUAAACUCUUUUUUCUUUUUUCAAUUUUCCCUUAAUGUCCUUCACUCCCUUCAACCCCCAGCUUUUCCUCUGUACACAACAUAACAACAAUUAAAAACAUUUUCUUUUUCUUUCCAUUUCAAGAAAAAGCCAAGAAAAUUGUCCUGCAUUGUUGUUGUUGUUAUUGUUGUUGUGCCCUGUUUCCGUUGCAGCAAAUUCUCCACAUGGUUUUAGCCUUUUCACCCCUCAAAGGUCAAGGAAUUUGAGCUCGUUUCCUUCAUUCCUAUUCAUCCACCUCCUUUUUGAUUCAAUUAUCAACCCUCUGACUGGGGAAUCCCUUCUUUCGUUGUUCUUCCGUGUUUAUACAUUCCUUUAUUCAUUUCCAGCGCUUGAUUUUCAAAAUAUAAAGCCAUUUGAGUCCUUGUUAAGAUUGCACAAUCUGGGAGAGGUGUAAAGCAUUGAAUUUUGAAAUGCACUGCAAAAUUUCUAACAUCCAUUCUGUAUGAAUUCUUGUUACGUGUGAUGUAAGUUGAUAGACACAUUGCAACAUUGAUUUUGUUGGUGGAUUUUCCACUGGCAUGAUCGUCUUUGUAGUGGGGUGGGAGCUUCUGGGUUCCCAAGAAAAUACCCAGUUGCUCAACAAGUUUCACGAAAAGGUAGUGAUCUAUUGAUUGAUCGGAGAAACAAAGCAACACCCCUUUUGUAAGAAUAUGGGGUGCAUCUGCUCAAAAGACUCCUCAAACAAAGACAGAGUUGAUGAGUACGAGAAAGAAAAAGAAAAAGAAAAAGAAUCGAACAAGUCUUCGGUGCAACUUGUUGCUCCUUCUGUCUCAACUGCAGAGUCAGACAGUGCAAGAGGCAAGGAUGGUUCGGUUCCCCGAAUUGUUGACUCAUCAUCACAAGCAAUUAAAGGGUCUGUCAUAGUGGCGACAGAGGAUAAAAGCAACCACUCAGAUGCCACAAAAAGCCAGCUCCAGCGGCGCGUGACAGUGACGUGUGGUGUAGAUGACAAAAUGCCGAUGAUGAGCAGAAUACUUAGCGUGCAGCAUAUUGCAGGAGAACAAGUUGAUUUCGGGUGGCCAAUUUGGUUAUCUUCUGUGGCAGCAGAAGCCAUCAAAGGGUGGGUGCCUCGACGGGCAGACUCUUUUGAAAAAUUAGGCCAAGUUGGACAAGGGGCUUAUAGCAGUGUGCAUAAAGCUCGUGAUCUUGAGACUGGUAAAGUUGUGGCUUUGAAGAAGGUUCGGUUUUCAAGUGCAGAGGUGGAAAGUGUAAGGUUCAUGGCAAGAGAAAUCUAUAUUAUGCGUCAACUUGACCAUCCUAAUGUCAUGAAGCUCGAGGGUCUUGUCACUUCAAGAACGUCUACCAGUUUGUACCUUGUUUUUGAGUACAUGGAACAUGACCUCGCUGGGCUAGCAACUGCACAUGGCUCGAAGUUGACUGAACCACAGAUAAAAUGUUUUAUGCAGCAACUGCUACGUGGGCUUGAACAUUGCCACAGUCGUGGUGUGCUGCACCGUGACAUCAAGGGUUCGAAUCUUCUUGUUGACAACAAUGGAAAUCUUAAAAUAGGAGAUUUUGGUCUUGCAACAAUAUAUGAUCCUAAAAAAAAGCAGCCAUUGACUAGCCGUGUUGUGACUCUGUGGUAUAGGGCACCUGAGCUUUUGCUGGGUGCUACAGAGUAUGGAGAAGCAAUUGACAUGUGGAGUGUUGGUUGCAUUCUAGCCGAAUUGCUAGCGGGGAAGCCAAUCAUGCCUGGAAGAACAGAGGUGGAACAAAUGCACAAAAUUUUUAAACUUUGUGGUUCGCCAUCUGAAGACUAUUGGCAGAGAACAAAGUUUCCUCAUGCAACAAGUUUUAAGCCACAACAACCUUACAACCGCCAAAUUUCAGAAACAUUUAAAAAUUUUUCUUCCCCGGCAUUGGCUCUUGUUGAUAAGCUCCUGACAAUAGAACCAGAGGGUCGAGGAUCAGCAACUUCCGCACUCGAGAGUGAGUUCUUCACAACAAACCCCUUACCUUGUGAUCCCUCAAGUUUACCAAAGUUUUCACCAAGCAAGGAGUUUGAUUCCAGGCGUCGACAAAAGGAAGCUACAAGGAAAAACCAGGAAGCUGUUAAAGGACGUGCACCAGCAUCUGUUUUAAGAGGAGCAAGAGAUACCAAGGCACUGGGUUCACCACAUUAUAACGCUCAGGGAAAUAUAUCAGUGCUGAGGAAACCAAAUAGCAUAAUGUGCCGUCAAAAAUAUCCGUGCCAGGAGAAUAGGGAGGGCAAGGAGAACGGUGAAGGAGGCAGAGUAAGUGUACACGGUGGCUUCACGCAUGCUGCUACAAUGACACGCGGCAGUGUAGCAGGAUCAUCCAUAUUCUGUAAGAGAGUAGAACCAUCUUUGAAGAAUCAGAGGUCUCAUUUGAAUCCUGCAACAGCAGAUUUAUGUACCUCUGUCGUCAAAAAGGAACCAGACUCGUCUGCUCUUGAAUCCACCAUGGGUCAUAUGCCAAAGAAAAAUAGGAUACACUGCUCUGGACCAUUGGUGCCUCCGGGUGGGAACCUCGAUGACAUGCUUCGAGAGCAUGAGAAAUUAAUGCAAGAUGUUUUCCGUAGCGUCAAAAAGGCCAAUCCGUAAAACCAUCCAUUCUACUCAAAAGGGACUGCAAUGUAAAAUCUUUAAGGAAAAGAGACUGGGUUGUUUCUAGGACAAUAAGCCAAACAUGUACCAUGCAUUCUUAACGAUGCAUUAUUGAUGAUGCAAAGGUAUAUAAU